AUGGACAAGGGGGCAAGUAAGAGAGAUGGCAUAUUCUGAUAGAAAGAGAAAGAGAGGGAGUGACGGAGAGAAAGAGAGGGAACAUUUGUGCCCGACAAAGGGGAUCUCUGUCAGUGUAGGGUGUCUGGUGUCCUUUCUUGUUGGGAGGGUGGCGGGGGGGGGGGGGGGGGAUGAAGUCACACUGAUGAGAGAGGAGGACAUUUCAUGAAGUAGUAGUAGAGGUAGGCGGAAGGUAGCCUAGUGGUUAAGAGUGUUGGGCCAAAAACCGAAAGGUCUCUGGUUCAAAUCCCCAAGCCAACUAGGUGAAAAAUCUGUUGAUGUGUCCUUGAGUAACACUUAACUCUAAUUGCUCCUGUAAGUCGCUCUGGAUAAGAGUGUCUGCUAAUUGACUAAAAUGUAGAGGGUGGGGGGAAAUAACAAUUAUCAAAAGGAGUGAAAGAAGUAAGCAGUCAAUCAGCUUAGUUCCCUUUAAUGACAGUAAAUUCGUUUACAAAUCCAAUCAAAACAUUUGCGGUAUUUCCUGUGUUGCGUAUUAAUGUCAACCUAUCAUUGUACUUGAAAUGUAAAUUUUUCUGUGUACUGGUUGUAGGUUGCUAGCAAUUGAUUUUGAAAGAAUAACUAGAAAUAGAGAGAAAGAAGAGCUGGCGUCAGCCACCUGUGUCCAAGCUGUGUUCUGCUGAGUAGGCUGGACCCACGGAGAGGCCACUUGACUGGAGCACAAGGCUCAUUGAACACGGCAGGUGGACCAUUCACUGACCUGGCAGUCACAGGAGGCCACAGUCACACCACCUACCAGUCAGAGAAACGUGCAUCAGCCAGACAAAACCGUUAAAACACCUGCAAUCUACCAGUAAACUAGAGGCCAGACAAAACAAUCAGAUUAACUGGCUGUUAACAACACCUGCAAUCAAACAUGCAUCACUAGAGCUGAUCUGCAGUCAGACAGAAAAAUAAGUUUGAACAGACUAGGCCCCAAGUAAAUCAGUAGGCUAGCUAGUCAGUCAUACAGUCACACAAGCCUGUAAAUUGCAUUACAAAAUAAAAAAAAGGAUCCGUUUUUUUGUAUUCAUGGUCAGAGCUGCUAUGAAGUUAUGACUAGGACCCUAAUAACAUGAGAUAUGAAAUAUGGGAAACCAGUCAAAGAUGUAAAAAAAAUAUGUACAAAUGUGAUGUUCAAUGUAUUUACAGCAGUUUACAAUUGUGUAAAGUUCAAACGUAGCGGUCUCAUUAAACAAAAACACAAUUAUAUGUCAAACUAAUCGAACACUUCCUGUCAUUGACAUUGGUCACACUGAGACAGCAUACUAAAAAUGAAUCCUCUCCUUCCAUACUACUGCCCCCUCCCAUGACCUGCUCCCCUUGAGUCGCAAUCACAACAAGGUCUCACUAAUUGUUUCACCACAUUAGCGACUACCAUCUCCUUCCCCAAUGCAAAGCAACUCUCCUGAGGUAUUUAGUGCUGUUGGAUGAUUUCCUGUUGAUGUGAAUAACUGUAAGUAAACAACAGACAUAGAUAGUUUUCCACAUCAGCAGCCAGCGCUGAGGAGUGAACAUGUCCGCUAGGCGUUAAUGGUGGAGAGAGAGGGAAAGUGGAUGGAAGCACGGCUCUUACUCUGGUAAUGACUCCUUGGGGGUAUGGGAAAUGACCAAGUGAUGUGGGAUGGAUAGGAGGAGGAAGUGAAGUAUGUGUGUGUGUGUGUGUGUGUGUGUGUGUGUGUGUGUGUGUAGGGAGAUAUUCUCUCAUUAAGGAGACCCACCUUCUCCUUGGGUUUCAAGCUACUCCUCAAAAUGGAGUCAAUGACUGACAGUUACAGGACGAGAGACGAAGCAUGGUGUGUGUGUAGGUGGGUGGGUGGUGCAUGAGGUUGAGAUUGAGGGGGGAUGUUCUACACUGCCAGGCCCAGGGCUACUUGUGCCGUAUUCAACUCCUAUAGGCUCACUCCUCCUGUUUCCAUCCUUGGGGCCUAUAUCCAACCCAAAUCUUAGAUCCCUAAGACCUCCUUAUGGGCAGGGUAUCAGGACCCACAAUAUGUUCCUCCAUCUGCCACCACCUGUGACAGAGGGAACAGUCUCCAUAUUGAGGCUCCAGGCUGGGCUUGUAGAGGUGGGGGGUGACCUCCUUAUCAGGCCUCUCCCUGGAUAUCUACGGGUGUUUGUAUGAAACUCAAACUGAUAGCUAUACUUCAAAUAUGGAGAUAGAUACAGAGGGCUGAAUCCUGUUCUCAAUGCACUAUCUGCCUGAAAGUUCAAGUGGCACAUGUGUAUUUCAAGACAGGAUUCGGACAAAACUGCAGGAGAUGUUGAUUGUAUGGUGGUUAAGAUAGUGUGGGAAAGGACUUAAUAUUUUAUAUUGUACAAAGUAGGGAGUCUAGCAGUAAGUCAUCAAACAAUACAUGUUAACCGAUACAAUAUUCCAUAACGGAUUUGUAUGCCUCUAUCCUCUAUCUAGUAUCACAUCAGAUAUAUUCGCGGUUCACAAAUCUUUACUGUAUAUUUACUGUACAUAAAUACACAACAGUCAAUUACAUUCCCUCCAUUCCUCGCCCACUUUUUAUACUCACCAACAUCUUCUUAUUUUCUUCUCCUGCAGAUCUGAACACGCCGCUCUUCUCCUCCGUCUCUCCCUCUCCCUUUGGGGGCUCGUCCCUGCCCUCGUUCACAGACGAUGACAACCUUUUCCCCUACGGCCCCACGGAGACCGCCACCACCACCACCACCACCACCACCAGUACAAUCAAGUUCAUAGGUCACGGGCUGAAUGAGAACCUCAUCCCCAUUUACUGCUCUAUCCUGGCGGCCGUGGUGGUGGGCCUUGUGGCCUUCAUCAUCUUUAAGAGGUGAGGAAGAGAAGCAGAUGGGAUGGGACCUCAAUGAGGAAUGGUGUUGUAUUGUAAUAUUUAAGAUGUUUAAAAUAGAUAAUGUCAUUGGUUGGUUAGCUGGUUAUUUAGCAACGCUCAGAAACGUCAACACCCUAGAUAAGCUAAAGCGUCUCUUUAAGGCUUUGCUUUGGUAUUUGCUCUAGGAAUUUAAGGGAAACGUGACCACUUAACCACUAUGACUAAAGGUAAUUAUGUGUAAAUUGAAUUGACCCUGGACCGCAUCAGUAUGGUCAUUUACGAUUAUAAGAAAAUUACAUUAGUUAACAAGUUAACAAGUGAACGAUGAACCAAUGUUCGAGACAUGAGAUUUUCAAGACAUUCAAAGUAUUCAUAAGAGUCAAUAAAUCUGAUCUUAUAAUAAAGUAAAUUCAUUUCAUGAAGUCAUCUGCCACUUUUCUGGGUGAGGGCACAAGCCCCUGCCAUUCAGCCUGGGGAUCCCCAACGUCUGUUCAGCGAAACUGCCUAUUUUGUGCUACAUUUGAGUUGUUAUUCUUUUAAACCUUUUACACCCACUUCCCACUGAUCCCUGCAUAAUAUUGAAUGCUUAUUUUUCCAACUCUACACUCUCUACACGGCACUGCUAGCUUUGAGGUGAUGACCUAAUGCGCUUUCAGCUCAAAAAACGGGCUUCAAAACAAACAUACCAGAACACGGAUGGGCGAGCAUCGAUGCCGGCGGCAGUCUGCACAGGGGGCAGAAGGGGGGCUAUGAAAUAUUCAGAUACCACAUCAAAGGGUGUCACUUUGACCCACUUCCGCCCCAUGAGCAUGAAAAGCAGACUAUGGACAUAUAUAGACAGGGCGCACAAUAGGUCAGUUACUAUUGACUUAUCUGUGAAAUGGACAUUUCUUGCAUUGUUUUUUUAAAUGUGUAACCUUUAUUUAUCAAGAUUAGUCUCAAUAGCUAGGUUUCCAUCCAAUUUACAACAUAUUUUAAUGUGAAUAUUAUACAACUUGCCCAAUCUGGUUUUCGCGCAUGCUCUCUAAACAACAGUUCGCUGAUAAAGUGGACAGGUUAAGUUAUAUGAUGAGAGGGAUAACAGCAAGAGCAUUUUUAUUUGUUAAUUGGCAGCUAAGCACCGAUCGUCAUGUCACUAUACAAAUUAAGACCCUCAAUAUUUACGGGAAAGGAGUAUCAAGCUCAUCCCCAUGCACUUUCACCACCCUGUGAAGUUCAUUAUAACUUAUUUAAUCUAUAGCCAUCUCUUAAAGGUGAUGGGCUCCCGAGUGGUGCAGAAGUCUAAGGCACUCUCAGUGCUAGAGGUGUCACUACAGACCCUGGUUCGAUUCCAGGCUGUAUCACUAUCCGGCUGUGAUUGGGAGUCCAAAGGGCGGCGCACAAUUGGCCCAGCGUCGUCCGGGUUUGGCCGGUGUAGGCCGUCAUUGUAAAUAAGAAUUUGUUCUUAACUGACUUGUCUGGUUAAAUAACAAAUAAUGAUCUGUACAUGUGUUUUCAAGUCAUAGUGAGGACCACACAACAUAGCAUCGCGUGACUGCAAAUUUACCUCGACAGGUAAAUUGUGGGGGAAACUAUUUACUGCGCAAUUGUUGAUAAUAUAUCUUAUCAACAAUUGCGCAAUAAAUAGUUUCUCCCACAAUUAACUUUACCCACACAAAAAGAUCUCACCAUGUCGAACAAAGAAAUUGUUAUAAAAUUGUACCGACACUUCCUCUUUCCAUUACAGCUGUUGUGAUUUUUUUAUUUAUACGGUAUGACUUUACUCACAUAAAACUGUGGAUCAAAAUGUGGUUAUUGAGAUGAAGUCUUGUUGGCAAGAGAGACCUGGUUAAAAGAGCAGACAGAAAUUAUGUUCGAAUGAGGGUCUCAAGGGCCAGCAACUAAAGGGUCAAAAGUUCAAAAGUGUUUUUUUGUUUUGAUCCACUUCAAAGCUUGAUGAGUUUAGGAUGAUUUUUUCUUCUUCUUUCAAAUGUGUUUCCUUUACUCAUCCAAGUCAUUGACAGGUGUUGACUGUUCAGAACAACAUGAUACACAUUGGAAUGGAAGAUGAUAGGGUGCUAAGGGAGCAUGUGGGAAUGGCAGUGGACUGUGUAGAAUAUGAAGUGACUAUUGAGAGUUAGUACCAGCAAGAGAAAAUUGGGGUGGGGUUCUAUCCUCUGCCAAAGGAUUUGACAUUCUACUUGUUCAUGUAUGUUGUUAAUUGAUAGUGACGGGGAUGGGGUGAGCGUGUCUUCAGGUGGGCACUAAUGGUGGGUGGGAUUAUCAUAAUCAAUUAGUCAUUUAACUCAAUAGAGUCGCUCUUGGCUCUCCAAAUUUCCUCUGCAUGUUUUAAAAGAACCCACUUAUUCUAUUACUUUUGUAAUAAAAUGUAUUACUAUUACUUAGUUGUAAGUCCUGAUGUACUAAUGAGUAUCUUAAUAAACUAAACUAUACAACACCAUACAAGAAAACUGAACACUGGUAUUCUUGAAUACUACACAAGUAAUUUAACAAAUAUAUUUUAACCAACGUUUCAGUCAUUAGACCUUGUGAAGCUGCGAGGGUCAGGGCCGGUAUUCAUGAAGCGCCUCAGAGUAGGAGUGCUGAUAUGGAAUCAGUUUUUCCAUUUAGAUCAUAAUGAAGAAGGACAAGGGGGUACCUGAUCCUAGAUCAGCACUUCUACUUUGAGAUGCUUUAUGAAUACGGGCCCUGACCUUCAUCAGCGCCAAGUCCAUUUAAGUCAUUUAUUAAAACAUUUUUAUAUAAUGAGGACUUUUUAUCUAUGUCCAGGUGGAACAGCUGUAAGCAGAACAAGCAGGGUGCCAACAACUGCACAGCUAAUCAGAACCAGACCCCAUCGCCGGAAGGGGAGAAGCUGCACAGUGACAGUGGCAUAUCGGUGGACAGCCAAAGCCUACAGGAGCAGCAAGGCCAGGGGCAGACUCAGGCACAGACAGGUAGGCCUACACAGAGAUACCCUCACACACAUGUGAGCACAGAUGCAUGAGCGCGCACACACACACCACUCACACACACACACAUAGGCGGCGCUUCCAAUAGGAUAAGCUAAGCUUCCUCUGAAGUAAAUUGAAUUAAACUUGCCAAAAGUAUAUAAUUACUACUGUCUAUACAAAAAUAAACUCCUUCAAAACACUACACCAGAGAGUACCAUUUAGCCACAGAGGGUCAUUAGCUUUCUUUUAUUUUUUUUGCGUGGAUUGUUUUCAAUCACAAGGCCAGGGUAUAACCUACAGUCGGGAAGUGUGCAAUUUGGGCAGCGUGCACAACAUAUCAAAUAGCUGAUUGUUGAUUUGCGGCUGUCAGUGAAAAGCAUCUAAAAUAGGCCUAGGCAUAUCUCAAUAUUUUUUUAUACAAUCGGUGGCAAAGAAGAGACAAAGAAAAAACUCUAACCUGUCUUUAGUUGGGCUAUCAAAAUUCUCAACUCCCAAUAGGCUAUUGAGGGAACAGUAGCCUAUCUUUUUGGCACCUAGCCCAAAGGCGGGCAGAUGCCGAUAUUGAGUCAUUUUAUUUUACUGUCCAAAGGGAAUAUAUGCAGCCACUACACACUCGUGUCCCCCGUGGACCAGUUCGUACAUAAAACAUUCUCCAUUCAAGGCUGCAAAGGUGCCAAUUUCCUCCUUAACUCUAUUUAUUCUCGAGAAGGCAGAUAACUCUAUUUAUUUUUGAGAAGGCAGAUUUUUUAUUUUUUUUUCACCGCCAUGCUAGAGUAGCUAAUGCUAGUCCCGGAUGUUGCGUAUGGCGUUCAGCCAAUCACGUUCAGCCAAUCAGUCUUUUAUUUUGAAACUAUUAGACCAGGGGUGACAAAACUGUCUGUUUGACGACUUUGCAAACUGAAUGGGGAAUGUUUUAUUUACAAACCGGUCCACGGGGAUACGAUUGUAUAGCCGGCUGCAUACAUUCCCUUUGGAUGGUAAGAUGAAACGACUCUAUUGGCACUAUAGAGGAGAGCAUCGGCCAUAUCAUUGGGUGAGUCCGUGCUCCUGGAAAGUUUUUUUAGGAUAACAAUUUCCUCCUCCAGGCUAGAUGGACGUCAUAGCCUACAAUAUGUGUCUCCCCUUUUCAUAAGCCUUGAUUAGAUGGUUGUAUUCAAGACAAGGUUGUUUUUAUUUAACUCAGUUUGUCAGCAUAUGCACACACACACAUACUUUAACACACACACAGACCUAUAUGUACAGACAAGUCAACCCAGGGACAGACAGCUACAGAGGGGAACUACUACAGGUCUGUGCACCCGACACAUAAUGUACUGUAACACAAAAUAUAGACUAAUGUAAAGUUACACAAAACAUAGAUUAAUGUACAACAUCCAAAAUAGCACACCCAGACAAGUGACCCUUUGCUCCCCAAAAACAUAUAAUAAAAAGGUCCUUUCAUGAAUUCACAUUUAGGUCAGCAUUCAGGUCAAUUAUACCAUGUGCCACACAACAAAGCAACUCCAUAGAGGUACCAUGUAUUGGAUGACUGCUUGCACUAUGAGGGCAGUUUUCGAAAUAGAGCAAAGUACAUAAUUAAGUUAUUUAGGUUGAACCGUGAUACCACUCAACAGAACACCACCACAAAUAGGUUUGAUGGACAGUAAGCUGGCAUGGAAGAGCUUUUCUAGAUGCCAUGUUUGUUAACACCCUGAGGGCCUUCACUCAGCAAGACAAGGAAUUUCCCUUGGGGAGAGUGGCGUUUGGUGGCCUCGUAAACUCCAUUUUGAACACAACCUCUCAAACCUACUGUAGCAAAUCAACAACAAUAAUAACACAUCUCUGACAGGGGCCACAGUUAGUUCACCAGCUGCAUGCGCUCCUGGCGGUUUGGAGUCAAGCCCUGAAGAACCAGUUUGGAAGAAUUUUGACCUUUCGAAACACACACUUGGCUGAGGCUAGACCUAAUGGCUGGUUUGACUGUGGAGUCGCGUGAUUCUCUUGUCGCUACAGGUUCCUUAGAAAACCUUCAGAGAACUAGAACUAGUUCCAAAGAACUAUAAGCAACUUUAGCAGAGGAAAUGUUCAGUCAGGAUAGAAUAAUAAUAAUACAGUGGGGAAAAAAAGUAUUUAGUCAGCCACCAAUUGUGCAAGUUCUCCCACUUAAAAAGAUGAGAGAGGCCUGUAAUUUUCAUCAUAGGUACACGUCAACUAUGACAGACAAAUUGAGGAAAAAAAAUCCAGAAAAUCACAUUGUAGGAUUUUUAAUGAAUUUAAUUGCAAAUGAUGGUGGAAAAUAAGUAUUUGGUCACCUACAAACAAGCAAGAUUUCUGGCUCUCACAGACCUGUAACUUCUUCUUUAAGAGGCUCCUCUGUCCUCCACUCGUUACCUGUAUUAAUGGCACCUGUUUGAACUUGUUAUCAGUAUAAAAGACACCUGUCCACAACCUCAAACAGUCACACUACAAACUCCACUAUGGCCAAGACCAAAGAGCUGUCAAAGAACACCAGAAACAAAAUUGUAGACCUGCACCAGGCUGGGAAGACUGAAUCUGCAAUAGGUAAGCAGCUUGGUUUGAAUAAAUCAACUGUGGGAGCAAUUAUUAGGAAAUGGAAGACAUACAAGACCACUGAUAAUCUCCCUCGAUCUGGGGCGCCACGCAAGAUCUCACCCCGUGGGGUCAAAAUGAUCACAAGAACGGUGAGCAAAAAUCCCAGAACCACACGGGGGGACCUAGUGAAUGACCUGCAGAGAGCUGGGACCAAAAUAACAAAGCCUACCAUCAGUAACACACUACGCCGCCAGGGACUCAAAUCCUGCAGUGCCAGACGUGUCCCCCUGCUUAAGCCAGGACAUGUCCAGGCCCAUCUGAAGUUUGCUAGAGUGCAUUUUGAUGAUCCAGAAGAUGAUUGGGAGAAUGUCAUAUGGUCAGAUGAAACCAAAAUAUAACUUUUUGGUAAAAACUCAACUCGUCGUGUUUGGAGGACAAAGAAUGCUGAGUUGCAUCCAUACCUACUGUGAUGCAUGGGGGUGGAAACAUCAUGCUUUGGGGCUGUUUUUCUGCAAAGGGACCAGGACGACUGAUCCGUGUAAAUGAAAGAAUGAAUGGGGCCAUGUAUCGUGAGAUUUUGAGUGAAAACCUCCUUCCAUCAGCAAGGGCAUUGAAGAUGAAACGUGGCUGGGUCUUUCAGCAUGACAAUGAUCCCAAACACACCGCCCGGGCAACGAAUGAGUGGCUUCGUAAGAAGCAUUUCAAGGUCCUGGAGUGGCCUCCAGAACUCAACCCCAUAGAAAAUCUUUGGAGGGAGUUGAAAGUCUGUGUUGCCCAGCGACAGCCCCAAAACAUCACUGCUCUAGAGGAGAUAUGCAUGGAGGAAUGGGCCAAAAUACCAGCAACAGUGUGUGAAAACCUUGUGAAGACUUACAGAAAACGUUUGACCUGUGUCAUUGCCAACAAAGGGUAUAUAACAAAGUAUUGAGAAACUUUUGUUAUUGACCAAAUACUUAUUUUCCACCAUAAUUUGCAAAUAAAUUCAUUAAAAAUCCUACAAUGUGAUUUUCUGGAUUUUUUUUUCUCAUUUUGUCUGUCAUAGUUGACGUGUACCUAUGAGGAAAAUUACAGGCCUCUCUCAUCUUUUUAAGUGGGAGAACUUGCACAAUUGGUGGCUGACUAAAUACUUUUUUUCCCCACUGUAUAUAAUAUGCCAUUUAGCAGACGCUUUUAUCCAAAGCGACUUACAGUCAUGUGUGCAUACAUUUUUGUGUAUGGGUGGUCCCGGGGAUCGAACCCACUACCUUGGCGUUACAAGCGCCGUGCUCUACCAGCUGAGCUACAGAGGACCACAUAGAACACUCCAACUGGCCUGAACAAAGUACUACAAUAUACUGUAAGUGUAGACAAUCAAUAUUAUUGGCUGAUGUGCAUUUCUGUUUUGUGAUUCCAUCUGGCAACAAAGUCAAAUUGAAAGUCAAAGCUAUGAGGUAAUGAUGCCCCAUUUACAUUAAUGCAUGAUUGACAAAAAACUCCACACAGAUCUCGGGUAAGGAUUUGGACCUCACUGUCCAGUGUUACUAAACAUUACUUCAACAGAUAUGAAUGUAAAUAUAACCUCAGACUAACGCUCAUGUAACGUCUUUCUCCCUGCAGUGGUCACUGUGGAUGAGGAGCCUUGUCUGCUCCUUCCCCUCCACACGCGAGAGGAAGUGGAGAAACUCCUCUACAGGGGCGGAGAAGGGGAGGGCUAUGACCACACGGAGGACAGAGAUUGGUGCAGCCUGGCGGGGCUGCUGGGAUACCAGGAAGAGCGCAUUGCAACCUUCCGGCAGCAGGAGCAUCCCGUCCGCGCACUGCUCUCUGAUUGGGCGAGCCAGGAUUGCGCCAGCCUGGACACGCUCUGCACGGCGCUGUGUAAGAUCAACCGCGAAGACAUCGCACAGAGCCUUGUGCUCAGCCCCAACACCGUCAAACCCACUGCCACGUCUGCAGUGUGACCAUUUAACCAUUACCGCCAAUGCUACGAAAAUCUCACUGCAACAUCAUAGCCAAAUUCACCCCCCCCGCCACAGUCCAUCCAUACUGUGACUAUUUAACCGACUACACCAACCAGAUAAAUCCAUCUGAGCAAUUACACCAAUGCCAAACCAUUCAGAUUGGCAAACCAAAGUCUGAUCACCCCACACCUGAUGCCAAACCUACUGCUAUCAAUCCACCAAGACUCACCUCAGACCUAAAUCGAACAUUUCUGCGAGACUUCUGCAGCCUCUGCAUCCCUUACCACCUUCAUGGUCUGCAUGGAUUUUCUUCAUUAUGGUCAACUGUGGCCUUGUAACCAUACUACUGGGUGUUCAAUUGUGUCUUCAGUGUGCCCAAAACAGUCAGGCACCAUUUUGUUCUGCUCUCUCACUAACCCUGAACUACUAACCCUGAAGUAGCAAAGGGCUACAAAACUCUGGGGAUUGCGCUUGAUUGUCUGUGCUUCUCUUUUGACUGAACUAAUUAUUUUCAUACAUUCCUCAGUUGCAACACAGAACUCUGGCUUGUGGUACUUUUGAUGAACCUCACUUAGCAUUCAACACGUACAGUAAAGCACUACUAUUCCUUAAUUUCAUUUUUUGUUGUUCUGUACUAACAAAGCCUACCUUAUCAACCAUACCUUUACCUAUUGUAACAUCUGUACAUUUAAUUGUUUGUAAUUUAUUGGCAAAAUAUUCCAUCAUUUUUGACCAUUUGCUAGUCAAUCAAUUACUGUCUGUCACUGCUGAAUGGUGGCAAUUGUCUGCAGAGGUCAAGGACUGGAAAGAUAUAACGAGCUAGACUAAAAAAGGUUUAGCAAGCACUAAAUCCAAACCAAUUCUUAUGUGAAAAAAGCUAAUGCCAUAUCACACUGCAUCAUCGCCUCUAUUAUUUUCAACACCUUGAUAUGGAGAAGCUCAAUUAUUUGAGCCAUUUCCUCCAUAAUAUUUUGUAUAAUUAAAUAUUAAUGAGAAAUAUCCCUUUUCAAACUAAAGUUAUCGUAUGAAUUAUUUUUAUUUCUUUAGACCUGACAUAUGAACAGUUCCCAGUAUCAAUGUAUCUACUGGAACAAAGUCAGAGUAGUGGACUGGCUGGCCUGUGCUGGCUAACAUGGUGGUCUGUGGAGCAGGUCACAAAGGAAACCUGACUCCAGCCUCUAUCUGGUCCAUCUGCAUAACACUGGGGCUCUCACACUGGGCCUAUACUCUGACCUAGAUAGGAAAGGACUAGGAAUUCAAAACUCACUCACACAUAUAGGCCUAUCUACACACACAAACAUCCACGAAUGCACACACACACACAUAAAUGUAUAUCUACACACACAAACAUGCACGCGUACACAAACAUGCAUGCAUGCACGCCAGUAUGCACACACGUAUGCAUACACAUACUGUAGAGAGAGAACCAACAAAAAAGCCUACUGUUCACUCAAGUGCUGUGUCAAUCAAGUGUUGUGUCAAUGAUAAGGGACAACAGGACCAAGGCCAUUGGACAUUAACAUACACCCUUUCAGGGACCACAUGAUGUCAAAUGCAGGACACCUUAUUGGACAUGAUAGACGUAGGCCAACUUGUUCGGUCAAUGAAAAAUUUGCAGUCAUUUACACCACAACUGUCUUUCAAAACGUCUUGCUUGGAAUCUGUAUAAAUCAUCUAAUCCUUUCCCGUGAGGUCAUCCGCUGCUUUAUUAGCAAGAGGAACAGCAUGUACAAACUAGCGAGUCAUAUAACCGAUACACAUCAUAUUCAAAAUACACGUACAAGUGCUGUACAUAAAAUAACGUACAAUUGAACAACUAGCCAUUAUUCAGGAUAAGAUAUACAAAUAAUCCAGGGUUUUCUAUUUCUGUUUAGUUUCUCAGGGUAUUUUGUGUGGCUUGGUGAUUAGCUUGACCUUUGUCUAAUGUUGUUUCCUUUUCCUAAUCAAAGCUCAGACAACCUGGAUUAGUUGUGUAUAGGUUGAGGAAGGUUAGAGGCCUUGUUGGGGGGAUUCAAGUAGAACUUACUCAGGCAAUGAUAUCAGUGGCAUUCCAGGUUGUCCUUUUAUGCAGUUGCGCUGCAUGGAGGAUCAGAUCUCACAUUGCCUGGAAAAGUGUUUAAAUGUCUAAAGUAGCAGGGACCAUAUUCAUAUGAUAUACUGUAGGCGACUGCCAAAAAGACGACCUGGAACGCGACUGAAAAUCCUUCAGACAGAAGAAUAGGGAUGGAAGCAGAUCAGAGGAAAAGCAGGGGUGUCUAAUUUCCCCAUUGUUCACAACAACGACGUUCAAAUGUAAGGCUAGUCAUUAGAGAUUGGAGACGAGCGAGACGGGAGGAAUUCCAACCACUGAGAGUUAAACCUGUUCAAGAUGAAAAGAAGCAUUCCAAUUAGACUUUUUAGUAACAAGUUACUUAAAGCUGACAGGUAUAAUGCAUUAAGAUGUGGUUAUAAUGCAAUGUAAAAAUUGUUAUAGGCAUUUACGACCCACUUAUAUAAUGUCUUAUUGUCAUGCCAUAGUACAUACAUAUUAUAAGCCUCAUAAGCCUUAUAUUAAUGUAUGACUGUAUGUAUGUAUGAAUAUGACUGUAAGUCGCUUUGGAU